GUAUAAUGUAAGACAUUUCCUUGUUAAAUUGAUUAAUAUAAUGAAAAUGUAUUAAUAUAAUGAGGAACAAAAUGUAAUAUUAAUUUAAAAAUAUCUAUAUACUGGUUAUUUUAUUUUAAACAGUACUUGCUCUGUCAUAAUACCAAAAUAGGUUAGGUACAUCAAAAAUAUUUCAAAAUUAGUUUUUACUUAGAACUAAAAUGUAAAUACUAGUGCCAUAAUGCCAUGCAAGUGUUUCGGAUUCAGAUAUGAGAAAUGCAAAUGUGGAUACGUGGGAAGUGGUUGUCCAAAAAGGCGAAAUGGAACUGGGGCAGUUGUUUUCUUAGCCAAAGACAGUGCAGGCUAUAUGCAUCAACAUGUGGUGCCAGCCAAACAUUGUAUUUUGGCUAGAUACUUGGAGAAUUUGUAUGAGAAAUGUGCACGAUAUAAUUUGAGAUAUUGUCCUUUUCGAAGAUACGUCAGCGAUAAUUACUUUAGGCACACGAUAUGCGAUAUUCUAGUGUUACUAUGCUUCGUUGUAGCCAACGUUGUGGUUUUUCUAACUAUCCUCGCCAGGACCACAAUUCACGCAGGUUAUGUCGUUGUGAAUUCGUUGCAGUGGAUACAAAAGUAUAACUCCAUUUUUAUUUAUAUAAACUAGUAAUUUAAUACAAUAUCAACUUUCGUCUAAUUUUUUAUAGCUGACCUUGCUAUCCUCUCGCUAUUCUGUUAACUACUAGCUUCAGUUAUAUAGUUAUAAGAACUAAUAUGAAAAGGAACUCGUACAUUACAUAGUUAUAUCUACUAAUAUAUAGAGACUUAAAAUACUCUGAAACUGAAUUUACAAUUUAAUUUACUGUAACAAUAACAGACAGACAACGUUUGUCACAUAAUCCAGCUGAGCCGUCAACUGUUAAAAUAAAAAACUAAUAUCGUUAAUGUGGGGGGAAAGGGGAUUGUUAGCAAUAUGGACUGAUGAUAUUAUUGCUAGAAUAUAUGUCAGGUCAACCU